UGAGUCAGUAGGUUUGUCAGUCAGGGGGAGUAGAGUCUAAGUGGUGAGGAGUGGAACCGUUGACCGGUUGUACACCAGACACCAUGGUUGACACCCGUAGCGGGAAGAGUACUGCCCCCCAUUCCGAGGCCGAACAGGCCCGGACCGCUGCCAUACUGAGAGAGAGAAGAGAGAAAAAAGAACUCCUGAAGCAGGCGACGUUAAAAGCUAUCGCAGAGGAGCAGGCGGCAAAGAAGAGGAAGUUAGAAGAGGAGAUGUUGAGAUUCCAGAAGGAGAAGAUGAUGAUGUUGUUACAGGAGGAGGAAGAGAAGAGGAAGGUUGUCGAGGAAGAAGAAGCAGCAGAAGAAGAGGAGGAGGUAGAAGAAGAGCCCCUUGAGAGGAGGCAUGGGGAAGAAAGAGGAGAGGCGAAUGGCACGAAGGGAGAGGACGCGUGGAUGGAGAAGAAAAUAACGGAGUGGGUGGCUAAUUUAUCAUUGGGGGAGGACGAGGAGGCACAGUUGUACGUGCCGCAGGAGGAGAGGGAAGCGUUUGCCAGCGAGUUGGAAACAAUAGAACAUCCCCUGGAACGCAGACAACAGAGGACGAGAAGAAGUGGGAUGGAAACUACGAAUGAUAAGGGAGAAGAAAAGGAGGAGAGAGGAGACUAACCGGGUGGCCGGAGAAGUGGAGAGGGUUCAAGCCUACAGACAGGAGGUGCAGGCACAAACAGAGGUCCCCGCAAAAUUAGAUAAGAUC